GAUGAUUACUCAAGCACUUUCUCAGAUACAAGUCGCUGCUACGCCUCACGGACUUCAGAUGGCAGUCAAACACUCAACAGAGGCAGGGACUCAAGAUCCUCUGUAUCACAUGGCAGCCGAACCUUAUCUCGCCAGUCAGGAGGCGCGCUUCAACCAGGAAGGCUUUAAAAGAGGCAGCAGUACAGACUCAGACUGAUCCACUGGCUUACACAUGGCCUGCCGGUAUGGCGACUUUUGGUCCUGCAUUGGGUAUGACCUACAUGGAUCCCACCCCAGUGGUCGCUCAUACUCUCAGUGCAGAAAUUGUGGAAGCUCGUAGCAACUUUAAUCCAGCUGUAUUUGCACUCAACGAAAUGCUGAAACAGCAACUUGCCAUGACAAGGCGGUACAUCGAAAGCAGCCGACGUCUUCACUCCAGCCUGGUGCAGAGCCUGGAACCACCAAACUAUAGAUACACCACACUGGAGGAAACCAAGGAGUACAUUCGCAAGCACAGGCCUUCCAAACUGACAAUGGAGGAGGCCUUACAGGAGGUGCUGCAGGAGAUGAGAGACUACCAUCAUAUCUGACCGGUGGUACUGAAUGUCGUGGAUCACAGAACCCCAGAAUGUGUGGAGCAAGGGACAUUUACCAUGUCCUUCUUAUUAAGACAUUUUAUACAGAAUUAAAUAUUUCUACUGCAGAAAGAAUUAAAGUAUUUGUUGUUAGUCUGUCAUAAAACAUGCUGUUAAGAGUUGUGUGCUUUUUUAAAAGUGCAAUCAUGUCGUACAUUCAAACUUGUGUCAAGGUUGAAAUUAUGCAAUUACAAGCCUCUGUGUUUCAGUUCAUGGAGUGAUUUGAAGAAGAAAUAAUGAUAAAGUGUUACACCUUCAUGACUGUCAUUCUGUUUUAAUGCAUUUGUUAAAGGAAAGCCCAAAAGAAGACAUCCAGUGUCUAGAACUCUGGCAACAUUUCUGUUCUGAAAGAACUCACUGUAAACAGUUACACUCCACUAUAAACAUGCAACAUUUCAA